AGAUAGAGUUGGGCUUUAGGCCCAACUCAUUAGAUGGACGUACUCAAGCCGGCUCAUAUUUGUACAUAUAAAUAUCAUGCGUUUCUCAGCUUAGGGUAUUUUUCGGACUAGGGUUUUACACUUGCAGUCGGCCGCUGCUCUUCUGCUACUUCCUCUCAAUCCUCGUCGCGGUUCCUUCUUCGUCUCUAAUCUGCAAUCAUGGGGAAAACGCGUGGUAUGGGAGCUGGGCGUAAGCUCAAGUCCCACCGUAGGACCCAAAGAUGGGCUGACAAGUCUUACAAGAAAUCUAACCUUGGGAAUGAAUGGAAGAAACCAUUCGCGGGUUCAUCCCAUGCCAAGGGAAUUGUUCUUGAGAAAAUAGGUAUUGAAGCUAAGCAGCCGAAUUCUGCUAUUCGUAAGUGUGCUAGGGUGCAGCUGAUCAAGAAUGGCAAGAAGAUUGCUGCUUUUGUCCCCAAUGAUGGUUGUUUAAACUACAUUGAAGAAAAUGACGAAGUGUUGAUUGCUGGAUUUGGGCGUAAGGGACAUGCUGUGGGAGAUAUUCCUGGUGUAAGAUUUAAGGUGGUGAAGGUAUCAGGAGUUUCACUGCUGGCCCUCUUCAAGGAGAAGAAAGAAAAGCCUAGGUCUUAAGUCUCUUCCUUUCUUUAGUAGCGGUUGAGAACUCUUGGGUGUUUUGAUCUAUGAUUCAAAUGUCUUGAGUUGAUUUUGUAGACAAUAUACUGUCUUAUUAAGCUUAGCUUUCUAGAUUUGUACUGCUGUUAAGUUCACAUGUUAACUGUUUUGCCAUCUCACCUCCAAACAUUCCAAUGUCGGUUUUUUUACUUA